AAGCCUGAGACUUGAUAAAAAGUUCAUUACCUCGAUUUAAUAAAAUGUCAAAAAAAGAAUUUUUUAAUGUUUUCAACAGUUUAGUCUGUGUUCCAAAGAUUCUUAUCAAUGAAAAUGUGCUGAUCUAUCUAAGGAAUGAAUGCUGGGUAGCUGGAAAAAUCACAGAUGUCGAUGGUUUUAUGAACAUAACAUUCCAUGACGCAGUAUAUUGUGAUCAAAAAGGCUUAACAUAUAGAAUGGAGAAUUUUAUGGUUCGAUUCCGACAGAUUCUGUACAUUAAGAUCCCAGAUAAUAUUGACAUUCAAGAAGCAAUAAGAGAGUUUAUGUCACGAAUGCACAAUCCACAGAAACCCCAAACGAAAAAGAGAACAUUCAAAUCUCGACGCGCCAUUGAGAAGAAUCAACAAACUGUUGCUGAAAUACAAAAUAUGAAUGCUUAA